AUGAAUCCCUACAUCAACUGCUCCGGCCCCGAGCUCCCCCUGCCCCAGCGAGACUUUCCCGCAGAGCCCCUCAGCCCAGGUCUCUGCAACAGGACUCACCCGGACGCCUUGUUCGACCCCAAGGACGCCAACCUGACGGAGGAGCAGCUGCGGGAUAAGUACCUGGGGCCCCGGCGGUCCAGCUUCUUCGUCCCCGUCUGCGUCAUCUACCUGCUGAUCUUCGCCGUGGGGGCGGUGGGCAACACGCUGACCUGCAUCGUCAUCCUCCGGCACCGCUUCAUGAGGACGCCCACCAACUACUACCUGUUCAGCCUGGCCGUGUCCGACCUGCUGGUGCUGCUGCUGGGGAUGCCGCUGGAGCUGUACGACAUGUGGAGCAACUACCCCUUCCUGCUGGGCGCCAGCGGCUGCUACUUCAAGACGCUGCUCUUCGAGGCCGUCUGCUUCGCCUCCAUCCUCAACGUCACGGCCCUGAGCGUCGAGCGCUACAUCGCCGUGGUGCACCCGCUCAAGGCCAAGUACGUGGUGACCAGGAACCACGCCAAGAGGGUGAUCGUCGCCAUCUGGCUCGUGGCGGUCGUCUGCUCCAUCCCCAACACCAGCCUCCACGGGCUGCGGCCUCUCUACGUGCCCGGCCGGGGCCGCGUGCCCGACUCGGAGAUCUGCACCCUGGUGAAGCCGCGCUUGACCUACAACCUCAUCAUCCAGAUCACCACCAUCGUCUUCUUCUUCCUGCCCAUGGGGACCAUCAGCAUCCUCUACCUGCUCAUCGGCCUGCAGCUCAAGAAGGAGAAGAUGCUGGAGGCCUUGGGGGCCAAGUCCAGCGGCGACAGCGACUACCACGGAGUCCAGGGGCAGAAGAAGGUGAAGAGGAGGCAGGUCACAAAGAUGCUGUUCGUGCUGGUGGUGGUGUUCGGGAUCUGCUGGGCCCCCUUCCACACCGACCGCCUCGUCUGGAGCUUCGUCUCCACCUGGACCAGCCGCAUGCUCCACAUGUUCCAGUACGUCCACAUCAUUUCGGGCGUCUUCUUCUACCUGAGCUCGGCCGCCAACCCCAUCCUCUACAACCUGAUGUCCACCCGCUUCCGCGAGAUGUUCAAGGAGGUGAUGUGCCACCCGGGCCACCGCCCGCCGGGCUCGCGCAAGUACUCGCCCAGCGUCACCCACGCCACCACCCGCAGCACCGAGUGCGAGCCCGUGCCCGGCGCCAACGGGCUGCCCCUGUCCGACGGCGAGGAAUACGAGAUGGAGGAGAUGGAGGGGGGGCAGGCGGCCACGCACGCAACGUCCCUCUGCUGA